AUGGCAACUCAAGAAUCAGUGUCUGCAGCUGAUCGCAAUUUUCUUGAGUCCUCGUCCCGGAAAGCCUACUCCGCCAAGGCUUCACUGAGAAAAUCAGUAUCCGCCCCGACCUCACCCCAAAAGAAAAUUUCUGAGGAAAAUAAGCGGAAGCCCUUUGAUUUCCCGCGUUCUCGAAGUUCUUCAAGUUCUUGGUUCGAGGAGUUCUGGGCUUCGGAGACUGGGGCUUUGGUUCAGGAGUUUUGGAUCAGGGCCCAACAAUGGCAUCAAGCACAUGAGCAUGCCAUCGGUCAGGUAAUUAUUGCGUACGUUAUCUUGUUCAUCUUGAUAACAACUUCAAACCAAGCAACUUCGAGAGAAAAUUUUGAACUCCUGUCCAAUACGAUAGGUGUCGCUGGCGCAUUCUCAGAAUCGAUUGAUAAUGGAUAUUUGUUCGAAGCUAUCCCCAUUGAACUUCGAAAUGCGGGUGCUGAAUUAAGAGAAUAUCAUGAUUCACAUGCGGAUUCAAGUCGUAAUUCGAGACAUCAUACGCGAGCGGUUGCCAACUUGCUAUCUGAAUUGGAUAGGAUAGAUUAUCAUUGGAAGUCAUUUGAGAAUAGUAGGGACAAAGCGGUGACGAGUGUCAAGGAAGAGCUGCAAGCUUCGCGUGCGAUCUUUCAGGCGGAAUUUGACAGAUUGGGAGGACCGAAUAGACAGUGGUGGACAGGACUGGCGAAACAAUCGGUGAAGAGGAUAUCGUUGCGCGAUCCGUGGGAAUCAAAAGUGCAUGUCACAGAAAGCAAUUGGAUGAAUGGUACGAUUGAAAUUGAAAACUACAUCGACGUCUGGCGAAACAAAAGAAUCCCGGAGCUGAGAUAUAAAUUUACCUCCUUGCGGGGUGGUAAGACCGGUGGCUUGCCAGGAUUAGUCAAAGAAGUGCAGGAUAGUUGGCCGGUGAAGAAUUCGGGACCUAAAAAAUUUAAGAUCGCACCAGUAUAUGAACUAGAAGAGGCAGGAAAGAAGGCGAUCAGUCUCUUGGCGCAUGCGGAUGGAGUCUAUAAGUCAUUUUGGCAUGCGCUUCAAACUUUGAAAAGGGGCGGUACGAAGAAGAAGUGUGCAUUUGGGAGAGGACGUCUGGAGUUAAUAUUAAGGAAAUAUGAUGAAUCGAUCAAGAAAUUGGAGGCGGCGGAAUGGGCAAUCAGGGAGAGGCUAGGUAGUAAGUAUUAUUAG